AUGUCUGGCAUCGUCCACAAGGUCAAGGACGCCGUUACCCACCACGGCUCGUCCACCCAAGAACACCACCACACUGGCACUGGCUCCGCUAACGCCUACGACUCUACCAAGUCCUCUAACCACGGCCCUCACGAUAACAAUAUUACCAACGCCGCCGAUCCCCGAAUCGACAGCGACCAUUCUCACAUGACCGGCACCAAUAACACCGUUAGCGGUGCUCCUCACCCUACUACUCAGUCGACUGCUACUGGCCCUACUUCUUCCACCACUACCGGUCCUCACACAAGCAACAUGGCCAACAAGGCUGACCCCCACGUCGAUAGCGACCGAAGUAAGGAGAGCAGCAACGCCGUCGGCUCCGGUCGUUUCGACCAGGACGUGCACAAGGACAGCAUUGGCGGCGCGGGUGUGAUACAGGGCAUGGGUGGCAGCGGCGGCGAGACUACCACCAAGACCUUCGAGCAGGCGCAGCACGACAAUGUCGCAGGCAGUAGCUACAACAGCAAGAAGACUGCCGGUCCUCACCAGAGCGACCUGGGGAAUAAGGUGGAUCCCCGUGUAGACUCUGAUUUGGAUGGAUCGAAGACUAUUGGUUCUCAGCGUGUUUAG